GCAGCCGGGUUUUGAUUCUCGUGCAUGUCGCAGCUCUGCUCCUGGGCUCGCCGCUGCCUGCCGGAGUCGCCACCGCUGUCAGCUGAAACUCUCGCCACGCCACCGGCUGAUACUCUCACCACGCCGCCGACUGAUGCUCCUACCACGCCGCCGGCUGCUGCGCGCUUUUCGGAGACUCCGGCCCGCGACUCUCGCUUCAGCAUGGCCUUCCGGGUCAGCGGCUACGAUGGCGAAGUGGCCGAGAAGACGGAGCUGCACUCUAUGAUGGCUCGCUUCAAAGCGCUCCGCACCUCACAGCGGCUCUCCGGGUUCUGGUCUCCCUUUGCGUCUCCGUCGAUUGCGGGGCCGCCAGAGGCAGAGUCCGACUUCCGCUCGCCGGUAGAAGAGGAGGAGGCGGUGGCGGAGGAUGCCGGCCACAGCUACCGCUCGGACACGAGCAGCCAUGUGAUCAGCCCCUCCCACGAACCCGAGCGGCGGACGUCGAUCGCGAAGUGGCUAGUCCGAAGUGAUGCCUGAGCGCAAGCCGCCGACACCACUCUCAAGAGGGCGGCGAGGAGACAUUUUCCCUCGCGCCGGGGGUCGCGCACGGUCUCCUGGCUGCAUGGUUGCUCUUAAUACUUAGAGCUCCCAUGUCCAUGUGUGUGCACAGUGUGGCGCACCCACCCCGGCGGGAUGACACUGUGCGUGUUGCUCACGUCCCCGUGAUAUCUGUCUUCUGUGAGUGUGUGCCGUACAUGCACAUAUGUACAUGUGUGUUGAUUAGAGAACUCUAAACACU